AUGAAGUUCACAUACACUCUGACUGAGAAAGCAAAAUCGAUUCCAAAGCAUAUGGUUCAUAGCGAACAUGGUGCCGAGAUCGAGGCGCUGCUGCGGCAGCAGCAGGAGCUCGUGACCCAGCUCCGGGCGCUCAUCCUUCCACAACUCCACAGCGUCGAUAGUGGAUCGGCCGAGCUCGCCCUCCAGCUCUUCGACGAUGUGAUCGGCUGCAACACCAGCUUAGUAUCAAAGCUCUUCAGUGUUCGUGGUGGAGCGGCCGCUGAGCCUGUCGACGACAAGUCCUUGGUGAGGAAGAACAGUGCUAGCACUACUGCUAAUGAUGAUGGCAUCCAUGAAAGAAUGGAGAAACAGGGGAUGCCUAGUAGGAGUGCUGGUGGAAAGAGAAGGAGGAACGAUGGUAAGCGAUCAAGAUCACUCGUCACAAAUGUCCCGGAUUAUGAUGGUCACCAGUGGAGAAAAUAUGGGCAGAAGAACAUCAACGGAAGCCAACAUGCUAGGAGCUACUACAGAUGCACCUACACAGAACGGAACUGUUCGGCAACCAAGACAAUCCAGCAGCAGGAUAAAGACAGCGGCAGUGCUAAUUAUUCCACAGAUGCCAAUGGGGAUGAAGCUGCAAAAUACACUGUGGUGUACUACGGUGAUCACACCUGCAAGGCCAGCGACAUCAUAAGCAACAACAACACUAGCGACUGUCUGCCCGAUCUUGUAGAUACUGGCUGUCCCAGCAGUGGGAAAACAGCACGAUUAUCGGCAGAUAUCACAGAGUGGGAGACGGAAUUGGAUGUACCGGCUCUGCUAGAGGUGUUCAACAAUUCUCUUCUUAAUUGGGAGAUGAUAUGA